GCGUACCAUAACAAGGAAUAAGGAAGAAGGAAGGGGGAGACGGUUGUGAGGCUUUUGUUUUGAAAAACUGAAAAAACAAAAUGGAGGUGUGGAAGGUGUCUGGAUUUUGCUUGACAUUUUGCUGUUUGUUCAUCUGCAGCUGGUGUUCCCCCGUUAUACUUGACGGUGUUUUGGAAGAGACGGGUUCCUGUCGCAAGACCUGCCAGAUGACCUAUAGUUUGCACACAUACCCCAGGGAAGAGGAGCUGUAUGCUUGCCAGAGGGGUUGUCGACUCUUCUCAAUUUGCCAGCUUGUAAACGACAGAGAAGACUUAAACCAGUCCAAGACCGAGUGUGAUUCGGCUUGUCAUGAAGCCUAUUCUCAGUCACAGGAUCAAUAUGCCUGUAAUCUUGGAUGCCAGAGUCAACUGCCAUUUGCAGAACAGAGACAGGAACAGCUGUUGGACAUGAUGCCCGGGAUGCAUGUUCCUUUUCCACUUACUUUGGUGGGUGGAUUCUGGAAUGAUAUGAUGAGCUCAGCCCAGAGCUUCAUAACAUCUUCGUGGACAUUCUACCUCCAAGCUGAUGAUGGCAAAGUAGUUAUAUUUCAGUCUGAGCCACAGAUUCAGUUUAUGCCACGAUUUGAACCACAGAAAGAGGAGCUGAAGGACACAUCAUUUGCCAGAGAAUCAUCAGAUAGACACCCAGAAAAUGCAAUCUACAAACACGACCACAAGAAUUUCAUGCAAGAGCAAGAAUUUGGAGUGGACCCAGAUAAUGUUGAUAAGGAGGACCAUAACUUAUUUAAGUGUCUUUCAAGAAGUACCUGGCUGCCUGGUUGGAUAUUGACAACUACACUAGUUCUUUCUGUGCUGGUGCUGAUCUGGAUUUGCUGUGCAACAGUAGCAACUGCUGUGGACCAGUAUGUACCAUCUGAGAAAUUAAGCAUUUAUGGAGAUCUGGAAUAUGUGAAGGACCAGAAACUAACCCCAUACCCACCAUCCUCUCUGGUUAUCAUCAGUUCAAUGGCUGAAGAAGCAGCUGGGCCUUUACCAUCAAAAGUUAACCUGAACCAGUCAAACAUUUAGGAUGUACUAGUGUGGGGCUUGGCACAACCAAAUGGCCUGUCAAUGAUAACAUUUUAGUCUUACCAGUUUUUCUAACAGGGUUUGUUUAGUUGUUGGGGUUAUGUUAAUAAAAUGAUUAACUGCAGCUCUGUUUUGCAUGAUCUCUUACCCCCCCCCCCCCUAAGCUUUACACUAGGAAAGGGGAUAUUGAUUGAUGUUAUCUCAGUGUGUUGAUGCAUUUUUUGUUGCAUCACACAACCUAAACUAUACCAUACCUAUUCUACCUGCAGUGAUGUAAUUUUUAUGACAUGUGCUAGGUCUUGUUAUCUAGUAUUUGUGAAUCAUAAUUUACUAAUUUAUCUCAGUGUUUUAUUUUUCUCUUUUAUAGAUUAAAAAAAAACGUAUAACGUUUUUUUGAAAUGCUGAUGAUUGACUGUGCAGAGCAUAGUAUAGAUCAGUUUGCUUGGCAUGCUUGUUUACUUUUCUUUCCUUGAUUUGCUAAGUCAUAAUCAUCAGGGCUAGGAGCAUAGUUUUCAAUUAAGUUAUUUUAUGGUUGCAGUUGAACCAUAGGUAAUCUAAUCUAGACUAAUACAGUGGAAUGUCUUGCAUACUUUUAUCAAACAAACAUUUCUCCUCAUUGCACUUGUUCACUUUUUUCAUUUAAAUGUUUCAUGUACUUACCUUGAGCUUUCAGCUUCCAAAUUUUUGUGAAGGACAGAAUUAAUUACAUUUAAUAAUUGUGUUGUAUAAUAAAUAAAAUAUUACUGUUUGGG